AUGUCCUACAACAACAACUUUGGAGCUGCCGCACAGCUUGGCCACGUUGCCUCGGGUCUCAACGACUACGGCAAAGGACGAUAUGGAGGCGCCGAGGGUCUUCGUCGUUACGGAAGCUACAACAAAGCCGCCAAUGCCGCCAACAAAGCCGCAGACAACUACGCCGCCCACGGUAACGACUACCACAAGGCUGCUGACCAUGCCAGCGCAAAGGGAGACGCCGCCUCCAACUACUACGGCCACAAGAACGCCGCUCACGCUGACAAAGCCUUCGGUGCUGCCGCUCUGGCCAACAAAGCCAACUACCACGAUGCUGCUGCCACAAAGUACGCAAAGAAGGACGAUGCCUCCAAAGCUGCUGCCAACAACGACUACGCCAACAACAACUACUACAGAAAGGGGGACGUCUACAACACCGGAGUCCACUACGGCUUCGACAAGAAGUAUAACAAGAACGCCGAUGAGGGCGGGGACUACGAAAUUCUUGAUGACAGCUCUUCCCACAACCUCGACGAAUACCGUGAUAAGAACAAGGCUUACAGCGCUGCCAACAGAGACCACGCCGCCAACAAAUAUGCUGCUGAUCGAUCUCAUGCUCUGAAAGACAGCAAGUACGGUAAGGACGCCAGCAAGGCUCAGUAUGGUAACGGUAAAUACGGCUCUGCUGCUAGCCACGCUGCCAAGAACGGUGCUGCCAACCACGGUUACGACAGCAAACUUAACGAAGCUGCCGGAAGCAACAAAUACUACGCCAACGCCCACGAUGCUGCCGUCAACAAACAUGACGACUUCGCUGGCAAGAACGCCUACUACAACAGAAGGAACGCUGCUAAUGCUGCUGCACAGGCUGCCAAAAACAUCGCCGGAUAUGGAGGUCUCGCCCAUGGUGCCCAUGGCGUCGCUGGUGGUGCUGGUGUUCUAGGUGUGUCUGGAGGUCUUCUCGGCAAAGGAGUAGGAUACGGCAAGGGCUACGGUAACCAGUACGGCCACGGAUACAACAAUGGCUACCUGGGACAUGACGCACACAACAACAAGUACUACGGUGCCGCCGUCCAAGGUCAACACGCUAACCACUAUGAUGGUGCUGCCAAUGCCGCCGUCGCCAAAACCGGAGGAUACGGAUCUAAACUUGGUGACUCAAGCCGAAACAAGGCCGGUGCCGCCUAUCACAGAGACGGUAACAACAACGCUCACGCCAACGACUACUACAAGUCUGGAGCUGCAGUUGGCAACAACAACGCCUACAGAUACAACAAGGACGGUGCCGCUGCCAACAACCAUGGCUUCAGUCACGCCGGUGCCGACGCUGCCAGUCUCUAUGACAACAAAGCCGCCGCUCACGACAAUGCCAAAUCUGCCUACGCCAAGGACGACUACAGACGUAAGUACAACGAGGGUGCCAAGAAACACCAUCUGGUCAAGAAGUUCCACCAUCAUUCUAAAACCGGCGGCAACAACUACGAGCGUCUCAACUACGACAAGAAGGACUACAGGGACAACUUUGGACAGAACGCCAAUGCCGCUCAUGCCAACGCAAAGAAGUACUCUCAGAACCUGUACCAGAACGCUGCCAACGCCGCCGCCCAUAACAACGACAAAUAUGCUGCCAACCACGCCAACAAAGCCUCCAACUACUACGAUGCUGCUGAUGCUGCCAACGGAAACGCCGCAAAGAAAUCCAACUACUAUAACAAAAAUGCCGCUGCCUCUGCUGGUGCUGCCAACGCUGCUGGCAAAUCCUAUUAUGACAACCACAACAACGCCGCUGCUACGUAUGCCAAGGGUCUCAACGACUACGCCCAUAACCAGUACGGUAACAACGGCCACGCCUACAACGCCGCUCACGGUGCUGCUGCCCACCAUGCCGAUGCCACCCACGACACCCUAAGCUACGGUUACGGUGUCGGACACGGAGGAUCUGCACAUGGAGUUGUCGGCCUUGGUCACGGCUUUCGCGGCUUCGGUAACGGGGUCGGUGUGGGUAAAGGAGUUGUCGGUCUUGGAAACCACGUCGGUAGCUUCAACAACGCUGCAGGCGUUAUAAAGGGAGUUUCUAGCCUUGGGAAGGGAUUUGGUGCUGUGGGAGGGUUCGGAGUGAACACAGGGGUGGGACACUAUCCCUACUACUAG